AAUAUAUUGGAUGUGUUAUUGUAUAGUUUAGCUACUUUAAAUUUAGCUAUCAAAACUAUUUAUUGCCUUCAAGUUGUGUUAUCAAUCAAUGGCCUACUUUAGACCACUGUCACUGCAUCAUCAUUUUCUGGUUUUUAAUAUUAGUCUUGAUUUGCAUUGCUUAUUAUUUGAAAUUGUUUUGCUUUAGUUAAAGAUGUUUUCAAUAAAAUAAGCUGCUUGUAUUAACUAUUUGCAAUCUAUCAUGCAAUGGAAGUCACCGUCACAAAACUGGAGGCCCCUGAAGACUACGAUAGAAUACAGCCUUUGUACAUAGAGUUCCAAGACUCUGUCCCACUUAACCGUAUGUUUGGAAUCACCACUCGGAGGUCGGUAAAGCCAAACUAUAGCCCUGAGGACUUCAUCAUAGUGGCAGAAGAUGGACAAAAAAACAUCAUCGGGUUUGCAGCCAACAAAGUUCAUGCGACCAUCAUCCGAGAACCUGACCCGUCUCCAGAGCAGCUUGAGCUGGAAGAGUUCUUAGAGUUUAUUACCAUCCAGGAGCAGUUGGAUAAAUUGCCGCAGAGGUGGAUAGAGCUGCGAGUGUUGAUGGUAACGGAGGGAUGGAGAGGGCGAGGCGUGGCUCGUAGACUAGUUGAGAGAAGUAUACAAGAAGCAAAGGCUGCCGGGUUUAAAGCUCUCACUAUGUGCUGCGUCAACGAGUACACUGCUAGACUCGCGAGGAGCCUCGGUUGGAAGGAGCAUUACCGUCUAGCCUACAGUGACUAUCCGCGACUGUCUGGGAGAAACGUUCAACUCAUCCCCAACCCUCCUCAUGAACACGUGUACUGCUACUACACAGAACUGACUGAUAAAUAGUACUAAGGAUAGAUUGGCCGAUGAAUAGAUGAAUCAGUUAGGUUUUCCAGAAUAACAUUAGACUGUCAAAAACAAAAACAUAAGACAUGGAUCUUUUAACUUCAGGUUUUACACCCUAUGUAUGAACCAAUUGGUCUACAGAAUAAAAUAAUUUAUAAUAUUAUAGCUUUUGUAGUAAGACUUGUGUUUGUCAGGCCUUUUAGUUUGAGGGUCAUGUGGUCAUGGGAAAUAAUUAACUGCUCCCAAAUUGAUAUAGAUGGGAUCGAUAUAUUUAUAGUCAGAAUAUAACAAAAUCAGAGUUUCCCAACAAAAUAAAAAAUCCUUCUAAAAUAUAAUAAAUAAAUGGGUAGAUCUUACUUUAAUGCGGUAGUCUACUUGGGGCUAAAUUGGCACAGGCAAUAAAGGUUAUGUUUCCUUAAAAUGGUUUACAAUACCUGCAUAUAGUAAUCCUUUGUUGCUGAUUUUGGCAACUAGUUUCGGUUCAUUAGUGAACCAUCUUCAGGCCUCAAGGUGUCAAAUAAUCACUUCAUUCGAAGUGUUGUGUGUAUGUUGGUGCAGACAAGCCUUGUAUGGUUUUUGCACCUAUUGUAUAAUAUGCAUGUAUUCAUUAUUAUUGUUCAAUAAAUAAAUUGAUGAUUGAUUGAUC